UUGUAAACAAGACGACGUGUUUUUCGAUUUUCCUAAAUCUUCAAACUAAUUAAAAAACAGUCAUGGCCCAAUUUCAACAAGAUGAUUUCUUUCAGUCUAACUAUGAUCAGCCUGGUUAUGAUAUGGGAGGAGCAAACUUCGGCCAAGAGCAACAGUUCGGCCAGUUUGAUUAUAAUCAAGGAUAUGUUCCAACGAAUUCAUCACCAAGUUAUGCUGGGUCUAUUUUCACACCCCAGGCACCCCCAGCUGCUUAUAGUGCACCCCCAGGGGGUCCUGACGACUACGAGAACGAGCCACCAUUAAUGGAAGAAUUAGGAAUUAACUUUGAUCAUAUUAUCCAGAAGACUCUAACUGUUCUUAAUCCAAUGAAAUCAGCUGACCAUUCUAUCAUGCAGGACACAGAUUUAGCUGGUCCACUCGUCUUCUGUUUGGCGUUCGGUGGAUCUCUUAUGUUGUCUGGUAAACUGCAUUUUGGUUAUAUUUAUGGUAUUGGGGUAGUAGGAUGUUUAGCUAUGUAUUUAUUAUUAAAUUUAAUGAGUUUAACUGGUGUAUCAGUGGGUAUUAUUAUCAGUGUAUUUGGUUAUUGUUUAUUACCAAUGGUUCUCUUGUCCUUUACUUCAGUCGUUAUGUCAUUACAAGGAAUACUAGGCUUGGUAUUUACAAUAGCUACAGUUUUAUGGUGUAGCAUAUCAGCUUCCAAGUUAUUUGUCUCUGCUCUGGCCAUGGAUAAACAACAACUUCUAGUCGCUUACCCUUGUGCUCUGGUCUACGGUGUAUUUGCCUUGUUGACGGUAUUUUAAUCUUGUUCAAACAACGAGAUAUGUCAUCUGAUUUAAAUACAACUUGAGAUAUUUUAUAAAGGGGUCUUCUCACUAUAGCAAGUUAUCAUCUAUUACUAAAGGUGCCCUCACACCAUAGCAAUCAUCAGUUAAGAAUAAGAAUAGCGAUUAUAAGUUUUGAAUGCAACUCUCAUGUAACUGAGUUGUAAGUUGUUCGGAUCUCGUGACAGCUACUCUUAUUCUCUAGAACCAAUGAGAAUAAAAUAUUUAAAGCUGUGUUUUAAUAAGAUAGACUUCAUUUGUACAAUAUCUUCAUUUUAUUUUACUUAUCUUAUGUGUAAUAAAUUAAAUUGGAGAUGGGUAUAUUUUAUGGUAAAUGUAUUAUAUAUGUAUACGUUCCUUUCAUUUUUUAAGGAGACUUUAUUAAAGUCCUGCAUGUUAUUUUAACGAUUAACAGAGUUGAUGUGAUCAUUAUUGGAUUCUACCGAAAAAUAGUUCAACACCUUCCUCACUCAAGUUUUCACGUACUGGUAAAGUUUUCACAUAUGAGAUGAAAUAGAAAGUUUUGAAUAUAAACAGAUCAAUGUAAGAAAACUAUUGAGUGUAGAAAUCUACUCUGUUGAAGUAAUUGUGGUUUCAAACAUAUACUGUAUAAUUUUGAAUGUAUUGCGCACCUUUUUUGUCCUCAUUUUGAAAAAGUUCUGUCAUUUCAUAAAGAAAUAUUAUGUAUUAUGUAUAAAGUGUUGAAUAAAACACUCAAUCUGCUGU